ACUAUCAUAGGCCCAAUUCAGGUAUGAACAUUUUGAUCAAUUGCAUGAUGCUUGUAAAAAAAAAAAUACAUUAGUGUACAUUAUGGUUAGACAAUGUAUUAUUUUCCUCGGGAUCAUUAAGUUAUCAAUCAUCUAUCCAUCUAUCUAUCUAUCUAUCUAUCUACCUUUUCCCUCUUUUUUUCUAUUUUCUCCUUCUUUUUUUGCUCCGAAUAAGAUGUUUUAUGGUCGUUUUUCAUCUCGUCAAUGGAGUGAGUGACUCGCAAAUGCACUUCCGGAACAGGAGCCGUUCUAAAAGUGGGCGGUCGGUGUUCAGCUCAAUAAUCCGCUGCGCUUUAUUAUUUGUCACGUUGCCCUGCCUAAACUCUUUUGUCCCCGUCGGGAUGCCGUAGAAUGAUGACUAUAGUCUUCCAGUGAUCUGAUUGGUCCGUAGGACCGGCGACGGCCUCUGUUCCCUUUGAUCUCAGGUUAUCGCCAUCAGCAUACGUUACUAUGGUGAUUUACCCCGGUUAGAACAGAACCUGCUUCGUAGUCCAGGGCCUCCGGUCUGCUUUUUGCUGCUGCUUUAACACGGGGGCGAUAACACACACACACACACACACACACACACACACACACUCAGCCGAGGACCAUCUCAGCAACGCUGUAAAAGUACAUACAGGUACGCGUAAGGUAAAGUCUGUCAUGAGACGCAUGGUUGUCGUGCCAACAGCCUCGGAACCACAUGCUAGCUGAAUGAAGUUUGACAGGCUAACGUCGGGUUGAACCACAUGCUAGCUGAAUGAAGUUUGCCAGGCUAACGUCGGGUUGAGCUAAUUUUUCCAGCAGCUAGCACCGGUGUUGGCUACAAGUGCCGCCUGCCCCGCUAGCAGCUAGACGAAGUCAACGCCCGCCUGUGAGAGCCACUAGCCGUUUCGAGGUGGCUCAUCAAAUUAUCGUUGUCAGCUGACUGGAGGCGUUAGCUAGCGUCACCGCUUUAGCCUGAGAUGUCAAGCCGUGUUCCAGCGAGGUGACGUCGCAGACUGUGGACACGUAUCCACGGGCUGCCUUUCAUCGUGCUCGCUCUAAUGACUCGCCGGAGCGAAUGGCUCGUCCCUCUCCAGUUAGCCAUUUAAGCUAGAGAUGCGUACCGCAUUAUUUCCGAGGAACGUUAGCUCGCCGGAGCUGGAUUGUUGUUCUCCGCGGUGCCACCGUGUCCCCGUGUCCCCAUCCAGCAACGACCCUCGUUGCCUUUCAAAUAAUGAGUGAUCAUUAUUUGAAAGUCAAGUGUCAGCUCGAGCAAAUGAAAACAGUCGGUGGGGACGCAGAGAGGCAUGGUGUGGCCACGGAGGAGCACCUGCCACAGUCCUCCCCCCCGGACCCCUGCAGCAUCCCCACAUCCGGGAGAGAGGCACCCAGCACCCCCAGCACUUCCAAACAUAGGGGGAAAAUUCGUAGCAAGCAGGGAAAGGAUGACAAGAGCUCUUGUGGCAAAGACAGCACGGAAGUGCCACUGCACAGGUCUGUAGUUUCUGCCCGUGUUGGGCAAAACCUGAACGGACAAGAGCACGAGCGGAGCCUUCACCUCAAAGAAACUGGGAAGAUGCUCCAGGGCAAGUCAGAGACCAAUGGCAACUGUGUGACCAUCCAUGCAUCCAAACACAUCCAAGAGAAUCCGCGUGAGGACGGAUUCAAAGUUGCGAGGAGGAGCAGGCCAGUGACAGUGGAUACGUCGAAAGCCAAAACCUCGUUGGAGGCGCUGAAGUUAAGCAUCAAGCAGUUGAAGUGGAAAGAGGUGUGCUAUUAUCCUCUGGGAAGACGGGCGGCCUGUGAUAUCCACUGGCACGGGAUCUCCUUCCAUGAUAAUGAAAGUAUUGUCUCAGGGCAGGUGAACAAGUUCCCAGGGAUGAUUGAAAUGCUGAGGAAGGUCAACCUGAGUCGGGCCAUGCGGACGGUGCAGGAGCUGUUCCCAGAAGAGUACGACUUCUAUCCCCGUUCAUGGAUCCUACCUGAGGAGUACGAGCAGUUCUCCACACAGAUUCGCAUGGUGAAGGAGAACGAUGCCACAGUGAAUCCCACCUUCAUUGUCAAGCCAGACGGCGGUUCUCAGGGCGACGGCAUCUACCUCAUCCGUGGCCCCAGCGACCCAAAGCUCACGGCAUGUUCACAAGCCAAACAGGGCGUAGUGCAGGAGUACAUCCAGAAGCCAUUACUCAUUGACAAGCUCAAGUUUGAUAUCCGCCUCUAUGUGCUGAUAAAGUCUCUGGAGCCGCUGGAGAUCUACAUUGCCAAGGAAGGCCUAACACGUUUUUGCACCGAGCCCUACCAGGAGCCAAACCAGAAGAAUAUGAGCCAUGUCUACAUGCACCUGACAAACUACUCCCUCAACAUCCACAGCGGAAACUUUGUCCACUCAGACAGCCAGAGCACAGGCAGCAAGCGCACUCUCUCCAGCGUCCUGUACCGGCUGGCAGCCAAAGGCGUAGACAUCAAGAGGGUGUGGUCGGAUAUCAUCGCUCUUGUCAUCAAAACUGUCAUUGCCGUGGUGCCUGAACUUAAAGUCUAUUAUCAGGCUGAUAUACCGCCUGGGAAACCAGGACCCACGUGCUUCCAGAUAUUAGGUUUUGACAUCCUGUUGAUGAAGAACUUGAAGCCAGUUUUACUUGAGGUCAACUCCAACCCCAGUAUGAGGAUAGAACACGAAAUGAAGGUAUCUCCAGGAGUUUUUGAAUUUGUUCCCAGUCCGGUGGAUGAAGAGGUCAAAGUGUGUGUGAUCAGGGACACACUGCGCCUCAUGGAUCCCGGCCACAAGAAACUUCCGGUCUCCCAACCGAGGGCCGGAGGGUGUGAAGACAAGGAGGAGAUUCAAAUGGAGGCAGAGACGCAGGAGAGGAGCCCGGAAGACGGAGCUCUGCCCUCGCUGUGUCUGAAGCAGGUCUACCCCAAGUACACCAAACAGUUCAACUCCCUGCGGCUGAUGGAGCGGGUCGCAUCUCUGUUCAUACGCUUCCUCGGGGUCAAGGGCAACAUGCGUCUGGGCCCCACCGCCUUCAGAACCUUUAUCAGGACCUGCAAACUGAGCAACAGUAACUUCACCAUGGCUUCGGUGGACAUCCUCUACAUAGACAUUACACGUCGUUGGUCAGGGACGGUGCCUGACUCUAGAGAAGCAGGGAUGGGACUACAAGCGUUUGUCGAGGCCUUUUUCUUCAUGGCAGGUCGCAGGUUCAAAUCCCUGUUGCUGAGGGAGCAGGUGGGGUCACUGCUGGAGCUGUGCGAGGCUCAGCUCGAGUCCCAGAUGGCCGUCGAUGACCGACGCUCCGUGAGCUGCAGCAGGGCGCUGCCGCGAUCCGUCAGGUCUCAGACACUCGCCCAACCUCACCUCGGCUCCCCGGCUCCCGUGCGCAGGGCCACCAGCCAGGACUGCCGGCCGCAUCACAGACUCAAGCCUCGCACACUCCGCGCCAACGUGGAGACCUGACGCAGGGGGAGCAACAGCUAGUCAGCCAGCUCCCAAACAACCGCCUGUAGCCUUCUCCGCGGGAGCACGGAAAUUAGGUGUCAUCUCCCGUCAGCCUCUCUUUUAGAAAGGGUGGGAUGACGGGAGCUGAGAAAACCACUCGCUUGACCCCUGCUGGCUGACUGUUCUCGGCCUGAUUGCUAUUUCUUCAGAGGAAGAAGAUGUCUGCAGGGGUUUUGCGGAAGGUGGGAACGUGAGGCGGUCGGUGCAUUUCUUUCUCCCCUCCUGGUGAGAUCAUGCAUGAGCAGUGUGGUCCAGGCCGGAGGAGGAGGAGAUGGAGGAUAUGGCUGCUUCUAAUGUUCCGACUGAUUCUACAGGGCAGCUAUCUGCUUCCCUUUGCCGCUGUGUGGUGACACACACACACACACACACACACACACACACACACACACACACACACACACACACACACACACACACACACACACACACACACAGCGACAAACAGGAACAACAUUAGAUGCCCCCACUUCAAUAGAUUUACACAAAUCACAAAUCACAAAGGGAGUGUCCUUAGUACGAGGAUUAUAUUCUUGAAUUUGCACAAAAAAAUCUUUGAAUCUUUGAAUGGAUGUGAGGGUGACUGAGCAUUUGUGUGUGUGUGUGUGUCUGUGUGUGAGUACUGUACUGUAUUUAUUUGUGUGUAGUUGUAUGUUGGAAGCCUAUUUACAGCCUGUGGCUCAGCUGCGUCCCAGCUCCAUGAGCCCAUCAGUGAUGAGUUAAAGGGGCAGUAAGCGAUUUUUAAUCUAAUACUUUUUUUGUAAAACUCAGCGAACAUUUCCUCACGGUCCUCUAGCUGUCGGAUUUUUCUACUCAACCCUGGCUCUGUAAAUUGAGAACAAAAAUAAUGAUGCGGACCACACAACACUUUGUGUGCAGUUUGUACACAUCACUCCCCGACACGUUAAGAAACGUUUUAGCGACAGGCGCUUACGACUCAGGGGUUUUAGCCUCGUGGUUAGCGUUGUCCUGCUCCGUUAGGCUUCGGCCCUAAACAACAACAGCGAUCAAUCUUUGUCCAAAAUCGCUUCCAGCCCCUUUAAGAAGCAUUCAAUGGGAAAAGGCCACGCCGCCACUUAAUCUCUUUCAGUUCCGCAGCUAUUCCCGUCGGGCAGCCUCAGACCCUCUGAGAAACACUUCCUAGGAUGACUUCCUUUUCACACAGUUGUCACGGGGGAGUUUCAUUAUUUCACAUGUAAUCGCACAGAACCAAAGUUUCACAGUUUAAGGGGAAGCGUCGGUUCUUAAAACAGCCCCACAGCUUUUGUGCUUUAGACGAGUGCGUGAUGCCAACCGGAGAGGUCGCCGUCAUUUCAAAUGACCUUCACUGCAGUCACGAUUCAAUCAUGAAUGCUCUUAAUGUUCAACCAUGUUGUUCUUCCUGCUUGUGUGUGAGAUUGUGAACUUGUCACAUGCCGACACAGAUUUAUUUGUGACGUGUCACACAGAACUCUGUAGCGUAUCACUGACUCUCCUGCAGAGCAGCCCGCUGUGUGACUCACAUGUAAAGGACUCAAACUGUACGACUCACGUGUUUUCUGCAGUAUAAUAUCAUGAAGUAGAUUAAUAAGGUUACAAACAGGCAUCGGUCAUGUGAAUGGAAUGUAUUGUCUGCAAAAAAAAUUAAAUGUUGCUCUUUCAACUGAA